GGAGCAGAGGAGAAGAUGGCAGGAAGUGUGAAGCUGUAGGAUUUCCCCUUCAGAGCAGCGUGGAAACCUGGCCUGAGUGGAGCCGUCCAGAGACAGUUUUACAGUGGACAGAGGUCAUGCAGAAGGCGGGAACGGCUCCGUCGUCGCGGGGUCCCAGUGCUCCUGGAUCUCCGGCAACUUCAAUUGUGGCCAGGAUGGACAAUCAGGUGAUUGGUUAUAAGGACCUGGCAGCCAUUCCUAAAGAUAAGGCCAUCCUGGAGGUGGAGCGACCCGACCUGAUGGUGUACGAACCGCAUUUCAACAUUUCGGCUCUGGACCGCACCGGCCUGUCCAGCAGCAGAGAGAGAUCAAUGUCUCCUCACUCUGUCUCGCCCCCUCCGUCACCCGAGAUUUUUGCCAACAGAGAGCAGAAGCCAUGGUCUGAGCAGAGUUCUCCUGGAGGAUCCGCCAUGGGCUCUACAGUGCAGCUCCGCAAAAUCAGCACCUCCUCUAAAGGGCCCCUGCAGCACUUCCACAGGCCAGAUAACGGAACCAACAUCUACAGCAAGCCUCCCAUUUACAAGCAUGAGGGAUCGGCAGCAGCCCAUAAUAAACACAAAGAGGACGUCAUCAUAGUGUCCUCCAAAUUCCCAGCAGCCCAACCUCCGGACCCCAAUCAGCCAUCAAAGAUAGAGACUGAAUACUGGCCCUGUCCACCCUCUCUGGCAAGCAUGGAGAUUGAAUGGAGGAGGAAGGCGGUGGAGCAGGGCAAAGCUUUAGAGGACGAUGAAUUUGAGGACCUGACUGAGGAUGCCAAGAAACUGCAAGAGCAGGAACUUAAUAAGAUCCAGUCCAACUUGGGCAAACUGAUCCUGAAGGAGGAAAUCGAGAAGUCAGUGCACUUCCGGAGGAAAACGCGCUCUCUGCCGGACAGGACACACAUGCACUUGGGUUCCGGUGCAUCCAAGUCUGCCUCUUUACCUCCUUGCAGCCGCUCUGGACUCACCCGGCUGCAGUCAGCUGACUUUACCUCCUCAGACAGCGACAAAGUCAGAACAGGCGUGCAGAACGGAGAAGCUCAGAGAGGGCGAAUGGACAGAGGAAACUCACUGCCCAGCAUUCUGGAGCAGAAGAUUUAUCCAUAUGAAAUGCUCAUUGUGAGCCACAGAGGGCGCUGUAAGCUUCCUCCAGGAGUGGACAGGACCAGACUUGAGAGGCAUCUGUCUCCAGAGGAGUUUGAGAGUCUGUUCGGGAUGCCCAUCACAGAGUUCGACCGGCUGUCACUGUGGAAACGGAACGAACUGAAGAAGAAAGUCUCGCUUUUCUAACACAAACAUCAGCUCUAAUACGGACUCUCAUUAUGACCUGCCUGGGAGACUCAAUAAACUCAAAUCUGUUACUAACACAGCUCCGUUUCAGGAUAAUCCAACGUGACGACCACAAAUAAUCAGCUUUUAACUCGACACAUAUCAGCUUACUUACGUCUCCGUGUACAAUAAAUCAGAAUAGGAAGCUCACCGUUCUUCUGUGGUCCAUAUCCAUCUGUUAUCAACUCAAACGCAAAGCAUAGGGCUCAGAGGUCACUGGCCUUCUCCUGACCAUCGGCCUCCUGCAGUGUUCAGGUCAGUCUUUAGUCUAAUACAGUUCCCAUUUCCAGUCCUGCUGCCCACCCAAGGAAAAAACUCACUUUACUUUUAAUGUAAGUCAGUGGAACCAGAUGUGUUUCCCAGUCAUUUUGGGACAUUUCUUUUGGUCCCUUCACCAUGAAGUUUGCACACAAUGUAAUGAGCAAGAGGUAUUUUUAAAUUAUGUAAAAAACUGAAAAAUGACAAAAAUAGAGAUACAAGGUUUUGUUCCGACAGCAGGACUGUGUUCGCACAUGCACAGACUUAGAAAUCCGAAAGAAAUCAGAGUAAGCGUUAACAUGCUCAAACUCCGUUCUAAGAAAUCGGAGUGUGCCAUUUACAUGAUCACUUGAAUAAUCAGAUACCCUGCAGACAUCAGAUUAUGAUCAGACUAUUGAGUACAUGUAAACACACUCAUUGUCAUUUGCUUUUUGCUAAAGUAUUCAACUGGUUUGCUUCAGAUCAUUAUUUCUUUGCAAGUUUGCAUCCAAAAUACCUUUGUGCACUUUAUUGAUGACCCCAUUCACACUUUAACGUAGUCUUACUUUAGUCUUAGCAAUAGUUACACUGUCCUAAUACUUUAGGCCAGCAAAACAUCAUAUUUACACACUUUUUCUACUGCAAAAAAUGAUGUAUUAACAAGUGAAAACAUCUUAAAUCUACUCAGCAUAUCUAAUAUUUAUCACUGUAAGAUUGUUGUAAGAAUAUUAUAAGAUUAUUUCUAGACAUUUUUACUUGUUUGAAGCAAUUUUAUCUAAAUGAAGUGACAGAUAAUUUUAGUUGUUUAAAGCAUCGUUCACAAAACUUUCACUAGAUAACAUUACUUAAAAUAAGCAAACGUAGAAAUAGGUUGAAUAUUCUUAAAAUAUUCUUACAACGUAAUAUUGAUAGAUGUUUUCAUUUACAAAGAUAUACAUUUUUUGCAGUACAGGACAAAGUUGAUCAGCAAAAUGUUUUUAAGGCUGUAUUCACAGAAAAGAUUUGGGUGACUAUUGGCUUCUAUUGUUUGUUAGCUACAUUAGCCUCAUAGCUCCAGCUCUGAACUGAAGAAGCAACAUUUGGACACCAAAUGCCUUGGCUGAUUGAUUAUAUCUGGGAUAAGUGUGGAAUUGUGUGAAUUAGAUUUUUUGCUGAAGCAUACCUUUAACAAGACUGUUCAUUAGGAAUGCCAAGGUGGAUAUAUUGCUUUAUACAGGCUAUUUUUGGGGUCUGGUCAAGAUUCCCCAUAUUUUUCAGCUCUUACGCACCUGAUUGAGCUCCAGAAGGACUUGAACAUUUGCUAAGGCGUGCUCGAGAGCAUAGACCUAUGCAGUUUGGAUAGAACAGAGGCCUACAGCUGGAACCAUUGACCUAAUACAGCUGAUUGCGGUUAAUCAGUUUAUUGGAUAAGGCUUUUUAGACUUUAUUGAAACUGAACUCUGCAGGACGGUAGAUCUGCAGGGGCAGGUUUGAUGGUCAUUGUGUACAAUACUAACGCUUGUAUUCCCUCUGAAACAGCUCAGUAUCAAGCUUACAUUCUAUACAUAAAUAUGCUACCAAUACAGUUGUAUAAGGACGCCAAUUUACACCGUCUGAAAGCCUGAUUAUCGCCUUAUUCCUUUUCUAUUAGUCUGAUUCUCAAAGUGCCCAGUUAAAUUUGUAACAUAGGCGUAUAUAUAUUUACACAAAGUCUUAAUCGUGACACCCUUUUAAUUGUGUUUUGAUCACUGACGUUGCCAUCGUUCCUAUUUAUUGUCUCCAAAAGCAGCUGUGCUACUGUAUGAAUAUAUUGUUUAUUUAUUUACUUCGUAGCCAUUUAGGUCACGGCGAUGAAUUCAGACAUUGUUAGUCAUAAAAGGAGCUACUGAUUCAGCAUAGUUCAUAUGCAUAGCUAAAUAUUUGUUUUUUAUUGAUUCAUAAAAAAAUUGCAUGGAUAUUAUCUAGCACAGUAUAAGCUACUUUAAUGAGAGCAGCUCCUGCAGUGGGUUCCGGACUGAUAGUGCGUCCGGUUCUGUUUGAGGACUUCAGUUUCAUGCAGAGGAAAGAAAAUCUCUCUGUCCUCCUUUCGCUGUGUAGAAUUUACCUGCAGGGACGCAUCAUAUCAGAGUUAUUAUUAUAACAGCUUAUUCACAUAUUUACACACACUUAUUCCAGCCUGUUCAGCUCUUGUUUUAGGUCUGUAGGCCACAGUGCUGAAGGGCAACUUCACAAAAAGAAAGAAUUCUCAUCUACACUCCUAAAAAAGUGGUUCUUCAAGGGCUCUUUAGUAAAGACAGUGGUUCUAUAUAGAACU